AGCCACUGCGGCUCUAGUCUUUGGUCUCGCGCCAUUGUUGUGGCGCGAUGAAUUGAUAAUGGCUCCGUUUCAGCCGCAUUUCUGAUCUAGCACGUUUGUAUUAUGGGUUGUGUAGUACUGAAGGCGAUACCCGUGGCACCUUUGAACCCCGACAAGAGAUAUGACACACUUGGUUUCAACGCUUGGGCAAAUCAGCACAUUGGCAGUUGUUAUGCCAUAGCUUGGUUGAAGGUUGGUUUUCUCAGGCAUCUGUGUCAGAGGAAUUUGAGUUUGCCUUUACGCCACGAGCUUGACCGCACACCUGGGUCGUGCCACUGGGGUGCGCCACCAGAUGAAUGCCAGCUGUAUUACGCGAGUUACGCGUAUCAGAAUACUAGAUCUGUUCUCUGGGACUUGGUCGCCAUUCUCGAACAAGAGUGUGCAGAUGAUGGCGACCUGGUGUUCAUGUUGACCUCCAGUAUUUUUCUGAAAACGAGCACCGGGCAAGACGUGUUCCGCGAAGCACCUGAAGAUUGCUCCGAGGUGCAGCUUUCCCAGGCUGUCAACAGGACGUUCGCACCAAUGCUCUGUUAUUGGAAAAUCCGGACCGUCUUGUUGCCGCGACUAUAUGAUGCAGCGGCUGUGGACCAUGGAGUCCGGCCGUUCUUCGAGCGGAAGUGGUGCACGGUGGACGUGAUUCUUGCUGCGUAUUGCCAGCGCAUUGUCAGUCUGCAAAGCGACAGCGAAGCACAGAAGCUGAUCCAGACAGGUACUGACCCCGCUCGGUUUGAAAACAUAAAAGAAUUGUUCACGCAACUGGGCGGGACCACCACGGCUGCGUGGGACGUGCUCGUGACAUCUCUCAAGGAGUUAGUGCCGAUUCCAAGGGACGCCGUUGGGUUUGCUCAUUUCUGCAGCCAGUCCCAGAUCGCCUGGCUGAUGGUUUCGUACGUGAGGGAGCUAGCUCGGCGAGGAGGACCAGUUCCUCGCCGUCAGGAGAUGCGUUUGGGAGGAUAUUUGGUUGGCGCCCCCCCAAGGGGCGUCCGCAAGUUCGUCGUGUCGCAUGGCUGGGAGACUGAGGUUCACCCGAACCCGAGUGGGAGUAAGAUGCGGCGUUUGGUGGAGAAGCUCGGCCAGCUUGGUGCCAACGACAGCGACGUUGUCUUUUUCGACUUUUGCUCCAAUCCGCAAGAUAACAAAAUGGGCAGGACCUAUGCAAAAAAUGAGCCAGCAGAGGGUUUGCCAGCACGUGAUGCGUCGGCUCAGCCAUAUUUCCAGCAAAACAAUGUCAGUUAUUAUCCGGCACGAACCCGCAGCGAGAACCAGCAGUUCAAGUUUGCAAUGUGGGAGAUGGGCAGGCUUUAUUCGUUCCAUGAGUGUGAGGUGCUCGUCCUUCCGACCUUGGACACCACGCUCCCUGGCGGCGACGUGUGGGGCAUAGUCAACAGCGCCCCUUACAAGAUCCGAGGCUGGUGCUGUGCCGAGUUCUCCAUUGCAUUGUAUUGCGGAACCAUCCGGAAUCUGGACGAUCCCGACGUUGAGCAUGUCCGUGCGUCUCGCACGUGGCCAGCCGACAACAGUGGAUACGCAGAGAUGAUGAGCUUUACCACCAAGAGAGAGCUGCAGGGCGCUGGUCUGAAGUGGGAUCCUGAUCGAGGUGUGGACUUCACUGUCAGUGGAGACCGCCACGCAGUCAGGUACAAUUUUUUCAAGAUGGCAUUGCAGGGGCCUUCAUUGGGAUCGUGAGUGUGAAAUGUAUUCGUGAAGUAUCGGACCUUUCUGUGUACAAUCCCUUGUACCCAGAAGAAAGUGAGAAUUUUGGCUCCCAUGACUGAGGACGGAGGCUCCAGGGAUUUGGCCAAGGCCCUGAGGACACGCCCGCUCCGUGGCCCGAGGCACGCUGGCUGGAUGAAGUAGACCGCAAACAGCGCAGGUCUGCUCGGAGAGCUGGUCAUGGCCGCCACUUGGCUGUGGCACCCGCGCGCUCUGCUGACGGAAAAGUCGUCGGCCGAGUUCGCGCCUGAUUUCAGAGACUGCCUUCCUUCGGCGAAUUCAUACACCAUGUGUUUCCCCACCUGACAGGGUGGGCGCUGCAGCUCCUUUGCCCAGCUCGCACGCCCGGCAUGCCGCGGCCGCUGGGCCUAAGGUGUGCCGCUGCUGCCUGGGUGUCCCGCCUCGGGACUCCGACGAACGACGACGACAUGCCGCGGCCACCAGGCCCAACGUGUGCCCUUGCUCCAUAUGGGUAUCUCGUCGCGCGCUCUCGGGCGUGGAUGGCUCGAAGCAAAGGCACGUUGGCUGGUCUGUUUGUCAGCUGGUUUGGCCCUGGGUGUCUCUGGAGGCCUUGAAACCUCAGGAGGCCUCCACAGAUCUGGGGGAGGGGGGG